AUGGCUCGCACUCUGGCUCCGCUGGCAUCGCGUCUGCCACUUUCAAAGUUCUCGUUUACCACAACGACGAUCAAUUCCCACUCGCGCAUGAUAUGGACUCAUAUCAAUGGAGAUGGGACGCUCUUUUGUGAGACCGAGAGUCGCACUCGAAGUAGCACUCACGCACAAAGUUUCCAUCUGAAAGUCGUUCAGAACAAUAGCGUCUUGGAGGAAAUUGAUCUCACAGCUCAUCUCGAGAAUCUCCGGAAUGAGCCAAGCUCAAGCCAGACCAGUUCUCGUCAGAAACCAUCUUUUGUUGUCGUGGUCAAAUUGCCAUGCUUGGCAAUCAAGUUUCCACUUGACGAUACUCAUAUCCGCCGCUUUCAGAUCAAAUUUAGCCAAGAUCACGACUACUAUACAAUGCUCUCAAUGCUGAGCGGUAUGAAUUGUCCGUUGACCGAGGGCACUUGGCCAGCAGCCGGUCGUCACCCAUCAAGCACUUCCGCCGGAACAGCGCAGACCACACUGAAUUUGCGACAAGAUAUGGGCAAUGCCAUCACCCCAGAAAGUAUCAGAGCGGGAAGCUGCGGUGGCAUGACCAAUGCCCAAUGUAGACACGAUAUAGGUGUGUCUCUUGAUGGAAGUGCCUCGGAUAAGGGUUGCUCAUAUCUCUCACCAGUGCCACGCGCGCCAUCGUUACCAUCAGCUCAAGUCCCAAGCGCAAUCUGUCGUGGGGUCAUAUCCCUGACAGAGCCCCAUGAUAUACCCGCGAACGAGGAAGGGAUGGCAGAUUCCAAACCUCAGCUUCCCAGAGCGCAAGAGGCUCUGAAUCACAGCCCCGAGCCAUCCUCUCAGCCCACCUCAGGCCCUGUUUCCCGUCACGAGGAUAUUAAUCAGAUGUUGCCUCCCAAGAGAGCCCUUCCGUUUCCAAGAAACAGGUCCAAGGUUUCACGUGCAGACACGGCCAGUCUCAAGUCGAGCCAACAGAUUGUGCCAGAGUCAUCCUACCCAGAUCAGAGCACAAACAGACGCCAUGAGUCACUGGCGUCCGAUUUACAAUCUCAAUUGAUCCAACCCCACAAAUCCCCUCAGCCAGAUGUGACUGACCAAUACGACGCCUUCAGGUCCAACUCGCAGUCACAACUGUUCCAGACCCAGGCAUUACCGGACACCCUCGAGCCUUCUCGACAGUCUACUCAACUUCCGCCAACAUUGCCUCUUCCGCGGCUCGAUCGUCAAGUCCAAGCGGAAAUAUUCACCCCCUUCGUACAGCAAUCUCAAGUCGACACUCCAAUGCCCCCAGAGGCCAACGCUCCUCAAAUUCAAGGCCGGCCAGCGGCGGUGAGGCUGGUACACACCCCCGUGGAGGGGCAGCUCGCCGAGUAUGCCAAAGCAUCGACGACUGAACGUACUGCAUUUCUGGAAAACUGGAUGUGCGAGUUGAUUGAGGACGACAACUUUGUGACUCUGUGCGAAGAUGUUGAGAACACUUGGAGACGCUUUGCGUUUGGGGCGAAGUCCUAA